AGUGCGCGUGGGACAACAAAGAUACAAAGUAAAAAACUGGCCGUCUUUUCGGUCAGCUUGCGAAUUUACUUUUUCAGCCUUCAGUCCCCAACACAGAGCAUCAUUAGACGUCUUAUAACACGGACAGCCAUGCCACCCAAAGGUAGCAAGAGAAAAUCUGCAGCAGACAAAGAAGAUGGGGAAAGUGGAGCGGCAAAAAAUGGUUCGGCAAGUGUGCCAAAAGUUAAAAAGAUGUCAAGCCGAGAGGAAAUACCAUCUCUGGAAGCCAUGGACUUCAGUUCAUCUGCGGUAACAAGUGAUGGUAAACCCUGGAACCUGAAGAUAGCCUCUUGGAAUAUCAAUGGUAUUAGGGCAUGGAUGGAGAAAAAUGGCAUUUCAUAUUUGACAUCGGAAAAGCCUGACAUUCUUUGUUUGCAAGAAACAAAAUGUGACGUCAGUAAAAUCCCCAAGACGUGUGAAGUUGAGGGUUAUCAUGCAUACUGGUCAUCGGGUGAUACAGAGGGUUAUGCGGGGACGGGCAUGUACAGCAAGACCAAACCCCUGGAUGUCACAUUUGGUAUUGGUAAAGAGAAACACGACAAAGAAGGGCGCACAAUUACUGCUGAGUUUGAGAACUAUUAUGUGGUCUCAACAUAUGUUCCAAACUCGGGUCGCGGGCUUCCCCGCCUAGACUACAGAACUAAGGAAUGGGAUGAAGACUUCAGAGAGUACCUGAAAAAGCUUGAUGAGAAGAAGCCUGUGAUAUGGUGUGGUGACCUAAAUGUCGCUCACCAGGAGAUAGAUCUCAAGAAUCCAAAGGGAAACAAGAAAACAGCAGGCUUUACCCCACAGGAGCGCGAGAGUUUCACCGAGACUCUAGGGAUGGGAUUCUUUGACUCGUUCCGUCACCUUUACCCCGAACAGACUGAAGCUUACACCUUCUGGACGUACAUGGGCAAUGCUCGGGGAAAGAACGUAGGAUGGCGAUUGGAUUACUUUGUGUUAUCAGAGCGCUUGAAGCACAAACUUUGUGACAGUGUUAUUCGGAAAGAUGUGAUGGGGAGUGAUCAUUGUCCCAUAGCUUUGUUUUUGGCCAUGUAGACAUGAAGGCACUAUCAGUACGUCCCAAGCAACAACCACUUCAACAUGGCAAAACUCGGAUUUAGGAUUAAUACUUUUUAGAAAGGAGUAAAGUCUGUAGGCUUCUCUGGAUUCUUAGCAUUUGUAUGUACAUGGUAAUGUUUUAUCCGGUGAUGUUCUCAGAAAACUCUGUAGUUUUCCCGGAUUAUUUUCUGGUCUUUAUUCUGAACACAUACCCUAAUUCUUCUAAUUUUUCGGACAGAUAUUAGUAGUGUUGAAGAGUAGAAUACUACAUUUCUUUACCAGCCUUUUGAAAAAGUAAAGAUAUGGGAAUGUUCAUUAGAUCGUCCAGGCGAAAAAAAAAGAAACUCAGUAUUCCUACCACAACUACAUAUACAUGUGGCUAAAAUGAACAGACUGGGCGUCCUAAAAAUCAGAAGAAAUAGUGUGUGAUGUGUCAGCUCUGCCCUGACCAAGUGUGCAAGUGUUAAAAUUCAUGACGAUCAGGACCCUUUGUACAACUGAAAUCCACAAAUAGUGAACUAUGUCCGUCAAAAUUCCAAUAGUAUAAAUGUGUUGCUUAUGAUAUACAUGUACAUGUACUUUCUUGAUUGGAUAUAACAUCAUGAUCAUGUAAAAUUUACCAGGCGUAUUGUUCAUCAAGGCCAGGGUCCACUUGAACAAAUACCUCAUAACAUGAUUAGCAACUUAAUGUCUUCAGUGCUGGUUGCCAAGGUAGUCACAUAUAUGUGCAAGCUGGCUCGGACAACUGUUCGAAUUUGCUCAUCAAAAUGCUAAAAUUUUGUGUAAUAAAUUUAACACAGUUGAAAAUGAG